UUGCUUUGCUAAGAUUUUUUUUCUUGUGAACCCAAAUUAUUGAACCCAAUAAUUAUUGAACCCAAAUUGGCUCAUGACUCUUUCCUCGUUCAUCUUCUUCUCGCGGCUGUAGCAUCCUGCCGCACGCGGCACGCCGCAGGUUUGGAGCCCACUACGCGUUCUUCCCAGGCAGCUAUGGAUGCCACGAAGGUGAGAACUCCUUGCCGAAGUUUAUUCUGCCUGCACCACACCAAUCCCGCGCACCUCGCCCUCCUUCGCUGAGGCUCUUCGCCGGCGUCGUACUCCUCCCGUGGAAGCCGGCACCGUCCGCUACCGCCAACACCUCUUGGCACCGGUCCAGUAUCCGCGCCGCCUCGCGUACUCGCGCGCCCUCCGCCGUUGCCGGCGCCUCCGCAAUGUUAUCGGCUGCCUUCACAUGGAGCUGCUCCCGCGCGACCUCCACGGAAGGCUCAGUGUCCGGUUGUCCGCCGCCACCACCGUACCGGCCUCUGCACCAUGGCAUCCUCGCACGGCAACAUCCACUGGAAGAGCAACGCCAUGAGAAGUGGAGGCUAAUGGGGAUGGGGGCUGAGUCUGAGCUAGCGGAGAUUUUUGAUUGUUGAGUUCUGUUCUUAACCAAUUUUAUAUUUGUUGUCUGUCAUCUUUUUUUUUGAUGUUUUGUCCGCAAUCGAUUGAUUUUUGUUUCUAGUGUCAACCAAUUUCUAUCUCCUAGUUCAAACACGUGGCAUAUUUUUAUUGGUUUAAUAUUUCGAGUGAGACACAAAUUAAAUUUUACUCGAAUGUUAUGUAGGCACUCCCUUUCAUUUUUUUUAGUACACUCCCUUUUAAUUUAAGAGAGCAUUUUAGAAUCCUAUAGCGCCAUACAAAGUGUUUUAAUAGAGCCCAAUCUCAAGAACAGAGCCCACUCUGCCUCUAUUCCAUCAAACCUGAAACAAAAGGCAGAGUGGGCCUCUCAGAACCAACACGGCCCAUCAAGUCCCCCACGCAUCACUUGGCGGGAAAUGGAACGCUAGUUCCCGCCUUUCCCCUCUUCCCGCCGCCGCCGCCUCCCGCCAUUUUACCCUCCCCUUUCCACUCUUCGGCAUUUUCCCAUCACCCACCACCACCUCCUCCUCCUCUUUGUACCCGCUCGAGUUUGCGUCUCUGCGCACAAGCCAUGGCGUCUAACGGCAGCGGCAGCUCCCCACCUCCCGCAUCGUCACCGGAUGCUCGCCCGUCGAGCCCGCUGCCGGUCACCAACUCCUCCCCUACCCAAUCCACCCACCGGUCCGGCGGGCGGCGCCGCCGCGGGUCCGCCAGCCCCUAUGCCUCGUCCCCCUCCCUCGGGGGAUUCGAGACGCCGCCGCACCCCGGACGCCGCACUCCGUCAGGCGGCGGAGCCGGCGCCGCCCGGCAGCAACGCCAGAACUGGACUGGCCGGUUCCCGCCGACGCCCUCCACCCCCAUGUCCACCGACGACAUCCCGCCGUCCUCCGACGCCGGGGAGGACGAGACCGACGGGGGCGGCGCCGGUGUCGACGCCACCCCAGUCUUCGUCUGGGGCACCAACAUCAGCGUGCAGGACGUCAACGCCGCCAUCCUCCGGUUCCUGCGCCACUUUCGGGACCCACGCGACGCCGGCCGGGUCGACCCUGUGAUGGACGAGGGCAAGUACAUGCGCUCCAUCCACCGCAUCCUCGAGCUCGAGGGCGGGGAGUCCCUCGACGUCGACGCGCACGACGUCUUCGACCACGACCCGGACCUCUACAGCAAGAUGGUGCGCUACCCGCUUGAGGUGCUCGCCAUUUUCGACAUCGUGCUCAUGGACCUCGUGGCACGCAUCGAGCCACUCUUCGAGAAGCACAUCCAGACCAGAAUCUACAACCUCAAGUCGUCAAUUUGCUUGAGGAAUCUUAAUCCAUCUGAUAUUGAGAAGAUGGUGUCAAUAAAGGGUAUGAUAAUUAGAUGCAGCUCGGUCAUACCAGAGCUAAAGGAAGCUGUGUUCCGCUGCCUAGUUUGUGGUUUCUACUCAGAGCCUGUUAUGGUUGAUAGAGGGAGAGUAACGGAACCACACAUUUGCCAGAAAGAACAAUGUAAAGCCACAAAUUCUAUGACCCUAGUUCACAACCGAUGCAGAUUUGCAGACAAGCAGAUCAUAAAGUUGCAAGAAACACCAGAUGAGAUACCAGAAGGUGGCACUCCACAUACAGUUAGUGUCCUGAUGCACGAUAAGCUUGUCGAUGCUGGAAAGCCUGGAGACAGGGUUGAGAUCACUGGAAUAUACAGGGCUAUGAGUAUUAGAGUUGGACCCUCUCAGAGGACAGUGAAGUCUAUAUUCAAGACAUAUAUUGAUUGCCUUCACAUUAAGAAGACAGACAAGUCUAGGCUUCAUGUGGAGGACACCAUGGAUAUUGACAAUGCUGAUGCUAACAAGUCUACUGAAGAGGACUUCCUUAGUGAUAAGGUUGAGAAACUAAAAGAGCUUUCAAAGUUGCCUGAUAUCUAUGAUAGAUUGACUAGAUCAUUGGCUCCAAACAUAUGGGAGUUGGAUGAUGUUAAAAGAGGCCUCCUUUGCCAGCUUUUUGGUGGCAAUCCCUUAAGGCUUCCUUCUGGUGCUAGCUUCCGUGGUGACAUAAAUAUUUUACUUGUGGGUGAUCCUGGAACAAGUAAAUCCCAGCUUCUCCAGUACAUGCAUAAACUGUCUCCUCGUGGUAUCUAUACAAGUGGUAGAGGAAGUUCUGCUGUUGGUCUUACUGCUUAUGUUACAAAAGAUCCUGAGACUGGUGAAACUGUUCUUGAAAGUGGAGCACUAGUUUUAAGUGACAAAGGUGUUUGCUGUAUAGAUGAGUUCGAUAAGAUGUCUGAUAAUGCCCGAAGCAUGUUACAUGAGGUGAUGGAACAGCAGACGGUAUCCAUUGCAAAGGCCGGAAUAAUUGCAUCUUUAAAUGCUAGAACAUCUGUGCUGGCAUGUGCAAAUCCUACGGAAUCACGCUACAAUCCGAGACUUUCUGUAAUUGACAACAUCCAUCUUGCCCCAACACUUCUUUCAAGGUUUGACCUGAUUUAUCUUAUCUUGGACAAGGCAGAUGAACAAACUGAUAGGCGCCUGGCAAAGCAUAUUGUUUCAUUACAUUUUGAGAACCCAAAUUUAGAAGAGCUUGAGGUUUUGGAUUUGCCCACAUUAGUUGCCUACAUAAGCUAUGCAAGGAAGUAUAUUCAGCCACAGUUAUCUGAUCAAGCUGCAGAAGAAUUGACACGUGGCUAUGUUGAGAUGAGGAAAAGAGGGAAUAGCCCUGGAAGCAGAAAGAAGGUUAUAACUGCAACUGCUAGACAAAUAGAGAGCUUGAUUCGUCUCAGUGAAGCAUUGGCUCGAAUGCGAUUCUCUGAAGUGGUCGAAGUGCGAGAUGUUGUGGAGGCCUUCAGGCUUCUUGAAGUUGCCAUGCAGCAGUCUGCGACGGAUCAUGCAACAGGGACGAUUGAUAUGGAUUUAAUCAUGACGGGAAUAUCCGCGAGCGAAAGGCAGAGACGGGAGAACCUCGUUGCAGCAACCCGCAACCUUAUCAUGGAGAAAAUGCAGCUUGGAGGCCCCUCAUUGCGUAUGACUGAGUUGCUUGAAGAAAUGAGGAAGCAGAGCUCUAUGGAAAUUCAUCUGCACGAUCUUCGCAGCGCUCUUGGUACUUUGAUGACUGAAGGUGCUGUGGUUAUCCAUGGAGACAAUGUGAAGAGGGUUUGAUGCUAUUAUGCACCAUCUGCGGCAAUGACGUGGAGAUGCUUCUCUAGCUCAAUCGCCAUUUCCUUGAACCAACUUUGAGCUGAGCUGUGCAGAGUGCUAACCUAUUUGGUCUAAAGUCUAAGCUGCUCCUUAUUGUGCAACUCCCUAGAUAGUGACGCAUGCUAGCUGUAGUCAUCUUUUUUACAAUUAAUCUUAAAACAGAAUGUUCUUGCGAUAGACUAGUUUACUGAAUCAAUGUAACUUGUAUCAUUUGCAAACUCCUGCUCAGGUUCAGCUGAACCGUAUGUAGUGUGUACGGGUUAUUGGCGUUGAUGUUAAAGCAUAGUCGCCGGUACUUCUGACUCAGACUAUCGUCUGGAGCUAAGUCCUGCUGGGGUCUAUAUGUUUCCGUUGCUAGUACCAUGACAACCAUAUCUGAUUCA